AGUUCGUGCCGGCGCGCCGCAGCCCUCGCAUGCGACCGCACCGCCGCUCGCGGAGAUCCCCCUGCACAGCCGAAGCGCGCGCGCGUGUGUUGGGUGAACGGGAGUGGAUGCCUCGACCGACGUUGGAGGCGCCCGGCAGCGCGGUAUGACGAGCGAAGACGCGGCCACCGAGCCGCCGUCGCUAUCGGACGCCGCGUUCAACGCCACCGUCGGCGACCCGUGCCUCGUCGUGCGGAAGUACUGGUGCUUUCUGCUGUCCAGCAUCUGCACGUUCCUAGCGGGCCUGCUCAUCGUGCUGAUAUGGCGCGCCUUCGCGUUCCUCUGCUGCGCGAAGGAGGCGGAAUAUGGGCCCAACGACCCCAAGCAGAAGGAGCAGAAGGCCGCGCGCGGCAAGCAGGAGUUCGAGGGCACGUUCAUGACGGAGGCCAAGGAUUGGGCGGGAGAACUUAUCUCGGGCCAGACCACCACCGGCCGCAUCCUGGUCGUUCUCGUGUUUAUUUUAAGCAUCGCGUCGCUGAUUAUAUACUUCAUCGAUGCUUCAAAUGACGGCGUGGAACGCUGCCAGGAGUGGAGCAACAAUAUCACGCAACAGAUCGACCUUGCCUUCAACAUAUUUUUUAUGGUCUAUUUUUUUAUACGAUUUAUAGCAGCUAGCGAUAAGUUAUGGUUCAUGCUAGAAAUGUAUUCAUUCGUAGACUAUUUCACGAUACCCCCGUCCUUCGUUUCGAUUUAUUUGGAUCGCACGUGGAUAGGUCUUCGUUUUCUUCGUGCUUUGCGUUUGAUGACAGUACCGGACAUCCUGCAGUACUUGAACAUACUUAAAACUUCCAGCUCUAUACGUCUUGCUCAGUUAGUGUCCAUAUUUAUAUCCGUGUGGCUUACUGCCGCUGGAAUUAUUCAUCUGCUUGAGAACUCGGGCGACCCUUUAGACUUUCAAAACCCUCAACCGUUGCCCUACUGGACGUGCGUCUAUUUUCUCAUCGUCACGAUGUCCACCGUCGGCUAUGGUGACGUGUACUGUCACACCGUACUGGGUCGAACGUUUCUUGUUUUCUUCCUGCUCGUCGGCUUGGCGAUAUUUGCCAGUUGUAUCCCCGAGAUUAUUGACUUGAUCGGGACUAGGCCAAAAUAUGGUGGCACCUUGAAGAACGAAAGAGGCAGAAGGCAUAUUGUGGUCUGUGGACAUAUCACCUACGAGUCGGUCUCACAUUUUCUAAAGGACUUUCUUCACGAAGACAGAGAAGAUGUUGACGUUGAGGUUGUCUUUCUGCAUCGGAAACCGCCUGACCUAGAACUGGAAGGUCUCUUCAAGAGACACUUCACUACCGUAGAAUUCUUCCAGGGUACCAUCAUGAACCCUAUUGACCUGCAGAGGGUCAAGGUACACGAAGCCGAUGCGUGCCUAGUAUUAGCCAACAAAUACUGCCAGGAUCCUGACGCCGAGGACGCCGCCAACAUUAUGCGCGUUAUUUCAAUCAAGAAUUAUAGCGACGACAUUCGGGUCAUCAUUCAACUCAUGCAGUAUCACAAUAAGGCAUAUUUACUGAACAUUCCAUCGUGGGAUUGGAAGCAGGGCGACGAUGUGAUCUGCCUGGCGGAGCUCAAGCUCGGUUUCAUUGCUCAAUCGUGCCUGGCGCCUGGUUUUUCGACAAUGAUGGCCAAUCUCUUCGCCAUGCGCUCGUUCAAAACCUCCCCCGACACGCAACGCUGGCAGAACGAUUACCUGCAGGGAACGGGAUGCGAGAUGUACACUGAGACUCUGUCCCCAUCCUUCACGGGCAUGUCUUUCCCGCAGGCCAGCGAGUUGUGCUUCACCAAGCUGAAACUGCUGCUGUUGGCGAUCGAGGUGAAGGGCAGCGAGGGCGCCGACACGAAAAUAUCGAUAAAUCCUCGAGGUGCGAAGAUUGUGGCAAAUACUCAGGGAUUCUUUAUUGCGCAAUCCGCCGACGAAGUCAAGAGGGCAUGGUUCUAUUGCAAAGCAUGUCAUGACGAAAUCAAGGACGAAACGCUGAUUAAGAAGUGUAAAUGCAAAAACUAUGUUGGUAUGAUGAUGAUGCAGUCAGGCAUGGUGAAAACAGGGCUUAAUUCCACCUAUCACACAUUGUUGGAGGUGGCUACAUUCAGGAAGGGUGUUCGUGCCAUCCAAAUGGUCGGCCGAGCGAACGAGGACCUCACGUUGCCAAAUGACCACCAUCCUCCUCCCACCUUCACACCACCAGAGUUACCCAAGAAGGUUCACGUCAGAGGUGACAUGAAUCGACUACCCGAGGAGCAGUACUUAAAUCAGAGGAAUCACACGCAUAGGAAUAGCACGUCGAUCCCGAACUCGAAUAUGAUCAACUCGACGAAGCAGGUGAACAAAGUGAAGCCGACUGUGAACCGCAAUCCGGGCGACGCUGUCAUCUCGCCCGGCUACAACGCAAGAGCGCCGGAGCAGGAAACCACAUCUUAUGCCGGCUAUCAUCUUGCCUAUGAAGUCAAAAAACUCAUGCCGACGAGUCGCACCAGCGGCAGCGGAAAUCAAAACAGCAACGGGGUUGCGCUCCCCGUCGGCCUGGCGGACGACCAGGCGAAAGAUUUCGACUUUGAAAAGACUGAAAUGAAGUACGACAGCACGGGCAUGUUCCAUUGGGGGCCCGCAAAGAAUCUCGAAGAUUGCAUACUGGAUCGCAAUCAAGCAGCGAUGACAGUUCUCAACGGACACGUGGUGGUCUGUCUCUUUGCCGAUCCUGACUCGCCGUUGAUCGGUUUGAGGAAUCUAGUAAUGCCAUUGCGGGCAAGUAACUUCCACUAUCACGAGCUGAAACACGUCGUCAUCGUCGGAUCGGUGGAUUACAUCCGACGCGAGUGGAAAAUGUUACAGAAUCUACCGAAGAUCUCCGUUUUGAACGGUUCGCCAUUGAGUCGGGCUGAUCUGCGAGCAGUCAACGUGAACCUAUGUGAUAUGUGCUGCAUCCUGUCCGCGAAGGUGCCCAGCAACGACGACCCAACGCUAGCCGACAAGGAAGCCAUCCUCGCGUCGCUGAACAUCAAAGCGAUGACGUUCGACGACACCAUCGGCGUGCUCAGUCAGGCUAAUGGCGAGCAGGACACGACCACACCGGUCGGCAGUCCCAUUGUCCUGCAGAGGCGCGGAUCUGUGUACGGUGCCAAUGUUCCGAUGAUCACUGAACUGGUGAAUGACAGCAACGUGCAGUUUCUGGAUCAGGACGAUGACGACGAUCCUGACACCGAACUAUACCUCACGCAGCCGUUUGCCUGCGGCACAGCGUUCGCUGUCAGUGUCUUAGAUUCACUUAUGUCUACUACAUAUUUCAACCAAAAUGCCUUAACGCUAAUCCGAUCAUUAAUCACCGGAGGCGCGACGCCCGAAUUGGAAUUAAUUCUGGCCGAAGGAGCAGGUCUUCGAGGCGGAUACAGCACGACGGAAAGCCUGUCAAAUCGCGAUCGAUGCCGCGUCGGCCAGAUCUCGCUGUACGACGGCCCGCUGGCGCAAUAUGGCGAGACCGGAAAAUAUGGCGACCUUUUCGUCGCCGCUCUCAAACAAUUCGGCAUGCUGUGCAUCGGCCUGUAUCGCUUUCGCGACACCAGCAACUCGGCGGAUGCCAGCAGCAAACGAUACGUCAUUACUAAUCCACCUGAUGAUUUUCAAUUAUUACCAACUGAUCAGGUGUUUGUAUUAAUGCAAUUUGAUCCGGGCUUGGAGUACAAACAAGUUCGAGGCAAGACAGCCGCCGGUCAAGGAAGCGGCACCGGCGGCGGCGGCUCCAAUAAGGACGACAACUCUUGACUACUGCUUUGUAGCGCCCUCACGGACGGACCGUACUCGUACAUUUAAGAACGAACACGUCGACAUCCGGUCCGAGUUUACUUACCAUUCCACAAUACCCAGUCGCUUCUUUUUACUCGCAUUCAAGUGCACACUCCGACAACAUGGCGACAGGCGGGAUUCGGUUUAUCGUUUGCUCACGAGAUACGCUGUUUGACAUCGCACGAUGCAAUAAUAAAAAUGAUCAAGUUUGGUUUCGGUUUUGUUUGGUUUUCGUUUUCGUUUUACGCACGUAUAAAUAAACAAAUCGGGUGAAUCAUUGAUGGGUGUUGAACAUAAAUGGUGAAAGGGCGCUACAUAAACUAAACUAAAUUUAAUUAAAAUGAUAUUACUAGCCGGACAACAACGCUGUCCGAGAAAAUCACUAAACGAGUUAUUAAAUGAAUAAAUUAAUGCACGGCCACGCGAUGGGACAUUUUGGUGCGCGGCGGCUCCAGAGGAUGGAAAUAUAUACAAUCUGAGCUUUUUAUAUAGUGCGUAACUUCAUUUACGAUUAUCUAGAUACGUUCGUGUUUAGAGAGAAUACUAAGAAGGCAGAGACGCUGACAACAGUUGACAUGUGAACACAAUCAAGAUACCACAAGACGUAGCCAUUAAUUCACGAUACUAUAUGAAUCUAAUUACUAAUGAAUAAUGAAUAAUGAGAUGCAUAACUAACGAAUUUGCGAGCAAAACGUUUUUUCACGCAAUUACACGUACCGUCGACUGAGCGAAAUGUUUUUUCUACGAUGUAAUAAGAUCAUCAUUAACCAGUCAUCAUUAAGCAAGUUAACCUAAUAUUACAACAACACAUUUAAGACAAACAAUUAAUGCAAAACACAAGCAGAGAGACACGAAUAACGGACACUUGUAAAAUAUGUAAAUUGUAAAAAUUUAUAAUGUGAUAUUGUAUAUAAUUAGAGAUGGAUUUUUUGCGCCCCCUGGUUUUUAUGAAUCAUUCAAUUACGACGCGCAGAUAUUUACAUUUUAAUACAUCAUUGACGCUAAGAUUCUCUGUGUGUGUGUUUAUAAACUAUCGAUAAGCAUAUGUAACGCAACUGGAUUUAUUUUCGUUUUCAAACAAAAUUAGCGCGUUGAUAUUGAAUACGGUAUGUUGGUUAUUAAAUGAAAUUAAUUACAAAUUUUAUCAGAGCGAAGAAAAAUUGCUUGUUUGCAUCUUGUUUGGCAAUUUUUAAGAAACUAAACUAAAGAGAAAAACUUAUAAAUAAGAUGAAUACACCAACUACAUCAUAAUGCAUAUUGUUAAGUCCAACUUUUCAUGAUCCAUUCAUACGCAAACAGCACUUUGAGGUUAGGAAGUUUAAGCUACACGUUGAUGGUAGUGCAACCGCAUUCGUUAUCUUACAUUUCCUAUCGAAUAUUGUAGAAUAUGCGUUCGAUUUGAACAAAUCACACACGACGAAACAGGGUUCAUUAUAAAACACAUAGGAAAGCACUUACAAACUUCAACUAUAAUAUAAAUUCUUUUCUAAGUUAAUUUCUUCUUCUUCAGAUGAAAAAAAUAAAUAAAUUGUUUGAAUCGUCGUGUAGAGCUUUAGCUCCCCAAUAAAAUCGAUCUUGUAGGCGGUAGUGAAGCAGCCGAUAUACACACUAGUGAAGUUAUUUGAAAAACGCACGUCUUUCGAUGUCUUCUUGUCUCUUUCGUUUUGCGUUCCGACCUCUCGGUCGCCAAUUAAUCUAAACUCUUAACAAGUAGUGCAUUGCAAACGCAAAUCAUUAACACACACACACACACAAAAACACAUACAAAUGAAAACACAAUGCAAUAGUCGAUGUCGCGAAAUGAAAAAUCAGCACAUUAAACACGUCUAGACUAAAUUGUAAUGAAUCAAUCUAUAUUAUCGACUCGAAUAGAGACAAAGUCAUCGCAGCAGAAAUCAAUCAUUUACUACGAGUACUAUUUGUAAGAAUCAUCGGUGAGCAUGAUGAGAUUUGAUGAAAAUAAUAACAAAAAAAAAGAACAUACACUGAGGACGCAGGUGAAAACCAACAAAAUAACAAUUCACUUAAAUGUUGUACACGCUUAUUAAUUAUUAUUAAAUCAUAUUGACAUGAUUAACAUAAUUAUGAUACGAUAAUAGCAUUAAAUGAUGAAACUUUGAGUGCAGUCAUAUGAUAAAGAUACAAAUCAAGAUGAUUUCUAACUGGAAAUAACACUCUGUUUUUCGUUACGAUGGUGGCUGCACUGAGAGUUUAGUUAAUUGCGUGCUUUUUUUAGAUAUUUUAAUAAUAUACAUAUAAAUUUUCUACGUACCAGUGAUAUACAUUAAACUAUUAUUAUUGAUUAAUAUUAUUGAACAAAAAAUAUGAUGAUAUUUUGCUCUGAGUGGUAAUUAUCAUUUUAAAUAUUGCACCGACGGGCAAUUAACAAAAAAAAGUAACUAAUGUUGUUGAUGUUAUAUGAUUGUUAAAUACAGAUGCAAAUUGUACAUAUAUAAACUGUGCGAUAUUCGAAAAUAAAAAAAAUAAGAAAAUGCUCUAUUAA